AUGGCCGGCGGCGGCUGCGUGAACGGGCGCAAGAGGCUCCGCGGCGGCGGGGACGGGCCCCGCGGGGCCGCCAAGAGGAGCAGGCGCGGGGAGGGCGCCGAGGAGAAGCCGUCGCGCCUGUCAGCAGCCUUGUUUGGUGAGGACUGUGAAAUCAGCCAUGAGCAGGUGUACGAGCUGCUCAACCCAGGUACAGCCUGUGUGGGCAGCCACAGCCCGACACAGCCCAGCUGGUGCCGCAUUUAUCACCAAAGCCACCUGGCCGGGGUUGUGGUUAUUGUUUUGCAUGAAAUGAGCCAACUCCAUUUCUACAAAUUCUAUUUACAGUUCAAACACCUCAGAAGAGUCUUCCGGCAUCGAUUUAUAUUACCACCUUCUUCAGCUAACUUCUUAGCCAACCUGUAUGGAAAUGAAGCAAAUCUGAGUCCUCAGAACACUGCUCGAGAUUCAACCUUCACUAGUAGCCAGUAUGCUACUAACAGCUCAGAUUUGCAGCGGGAUCCUAUUAUCCAGAAAUACGGAGAAGAAAAGCGAGGCCUGACUAGAUAUACUUUAACUUUGGAAGAGCUGAAGAAAAAUGAUUAUCCCAUGAAAGGCUCCCGUGGGUGUGAGGGCUACAUGUACACGGGGUGCGAUCAGCAGAGGACAGACAGCAGCCCCCUCUUUGGUCUCGAUUGUGAAAUGUGCCUGACGGCCAAGGGCAAUGAAGUCACGCGGGUCUCUCUCGUGGACGCGCAGGGUCGGUGCCUGUUGAGUGAACUAGUCAAACCUGAAAGCCCAGUAGUCAACUACCGCACCAGAUUCUCAGGAAUCACAAGGAAACUUCUUCUUCCAGUGAAAACAAAACUGGCAGACAUCCAAACCAGGCUAAAGCAAAUGCUUCCCCACGAUGCAGUGUUGGUGGGACAUUCGUUAAAUGCCGACCUUCAGGCUUUGCAGAUGAUCCACCCCAGUGUUAUUGAUACUUCAUUGCUUUUUGCUAGAAAUGAAGGUCGAAGAUUUAAGCUAAAAUUUUUAGCCAAAGCUGUUUUAGGGAAAGAGAUCCAAUGUGAACAGAAGAUUGGACAUGAUCCUACAGAAGAUGCUAGAGCUGCAUUGGAAUURGCUCAAUUCUUUAUUGAGCAGGGACCAGCCAAGGUAGCAGAACUAAACUUGGAGAUGGUUCUGACAACCGAAAGACUGACUGAGAUGUCACCAAAUAAAUCUGCUUUACAGCUGCAACAAAAUACAGUCCAGAGAGAGCAGAAUGGGCCUCCACAAUUAUCCAGAUCAUGUUUUUUAGACUGCUUGCAGAAGACUGGCCAAAAACCCCUCCUUUUGGGCAGACAGGAACCAGACUCUUCUGGCGUGUGUCAGGGUAACCUGAGCUCUUCAAACAAACAGAUUCUUCAGCAAGCCCUAAAAGAUGUUCCCCUGUCCACUUUCAGUAUCGUUCAGUUCAGUCUGGCUCCAGAGCAUGUUGCACCUCACCUUCUUGCUGGAAUUUGUGAAAAGGUGAGAGUCAAGCUGACUGACAUGCUGACAAUUUACGCAGGUCCUUUUGAUGAAAGCUUUUGCCUGAAAACUGUGAAGAAGGAAUUUGGGAGGUGUGGGCCAAUCCACUCUCUUACAGUGUUAACAGAAACAUAUCAGCCCUACGUGUGUAUCCAGUACGAAGUGCUGGAGGCCGCCCAGCUUGCUGUGGAAAGUCUGAAUGGAGCCGAGGUAGCMGGAUCCUGCAUUAAGGUUCAGAGACCUGUCACUGGAACAAUGCUGGACUGUGAUGUCCUUAUAAAGGAGCUAGAACUAGAUAUAGAAAAUGAAGGUGUGAUUUAUGUGGCGGGUCUAAAGAAGUCAUUAACAGAGACAGACUUGCAAGAAGAAUUCAGCCARCUGAAAGACCUGCAAGCUUUGUUCCUGCCAAGGGAUCUCCAGAGCGGAAAGCACAGGAACUGCUGUUUCCUCAAAUUCCUGAAACCAGAAAGUGCUGUGGAUGCCCUUCAAGUUAUAAAUCAAUGGGCAGUGACGGGGAGUAGGCUACGAAGUAGGAAGGCUCUUGCCCCAGGUCACCUCCAGAGAUGGAUUUGGCAAAUGGAACACAGCAAUGAGAAGCAAAGAGGAGACAUCUUACGUGUGGAAAAGGAGCAAGAAGCUAAUUUUGAGCAGGAGCUAAGGAAAAAGCUGAAGAAGCUGGACCAGCGUAUCCGGAAGCUUUACCGACGGCUGCAGAAUAACACGCUGUGCGUUGUUCUCUUUCCUGGGGUGAACAGGGCACUAAAAGCUGAACAGCAAAUCCUGCCCAGAACCUCCUGCUCUUGGUUUGAGCUGGAACCAAGUGCUGAAACCAUUUGUGUAGCUGAUGGUCCAGAUUAUCAAGGCUGAAGCACCCAGUGCUACUUAGCAGCAUGAUACUUCUGUGAUCACCUACCAGCUCUGUCAGCUGUUUCUUCUGUAUGCUGAAGUCAGUGCAGCUUUGCUGGCAAGGCAAGUUUUUUUAAUGCCAAGCAGAACUAAACCAGGUUUCCUCAGCAGCCAUAUUUUAUUUGGUUUGUUGGAUUUUUGCUUGUUUGUUUAACUAUCUCACUGCUGAAGCCAGGCCACCAUUUGCAAGAGAACAGUGCCCUGAGCUGGAC